AGAGAGAGAGAGAGAGAGCCACACAACUCGCAUACAAAACCUUGUGCUGUCACAACAAGCAGAGAACUUCAAGGAAGAAUGGCCGAAACCCAAACUCUUAACUUUGGACCAGAAUGGCUCCGUGCCCUGUCUGGAGGUGGCGGCGGCGGCAGUAGUAGUAGUGGUGGUGGCGGCGGCGGCGGCGGUGGUGGAAGCAGCAGCUGCGCGAUUGCCUCUCCACCCCUUUCACCUGCAUUGCCAAAGUAUAAACUUGCAGACUAUCGCUACGGGAGAGAAGAAAUGUUAGCACUUUAUGUAAAGGAUAACAAGAUCCCUAUAGACCUACACGAUAAGGAGUUCCUGCCAAUAUUGCAAGAGGAGCCCUUGCCACCUCUGGCACUCGUCUCUUUUACAGAGGAGGAACAGAGAAAUUUUUCCAUGUCUGUAAACAGUGCAGCUGUACUUCGGUUGACAGGGCGAGGAGGCGGUCCGAUAGUAGGGGCACCAAGAGGCCGAAGUACUUCAAGGGGUCGAGGCAGGGGAAGAGGAGAUGGAGGGUUUUACCAAAGAAGUUUUGAUGACGUGGAAGGUUUUGGUCGUGGAGGGAGGGAGAUGCAUCGCUCCCAGAGCUGGGAAGAAAGGGGAGACAGACGGUUUGAAAAGCCAGGUCGAAAAGACCCAGCAGAAGCUGCUCCAGGACAUUUUCCGAUUAAUCAUAUCGUCCGAAGCAACUAUGAGGAUGUUGGGACAGGCCUGCCAAGGAAGCACGACUUCAUACGUUCAGAGAGUGAAAACUGGCGUUCCAUUCGCGACGCUCAAAAUGGUGAGGAUGAUGAGGGGGGCUGGCGACUGGCAGGUUCUCGACAGGACAGUGAACGCUGGUGCCCCCAGAGCCCAGACGGGCCUCGGUCAGCAGGGUGGCGGGAAAUCGCAGAACAGCGUCGCCGUUUCCCAUUUGAUGCAAGAGAAGAGGAGCGGGGCUACAGGAGGCCACGGUCAGGCAGCGGCAGCUUGGAGGACGAGAGGGACAGCCUGCCAGAGUGGUGUCUGGAGGAUGCGGACGAGGAGGCAGGCACCUUUGACUCAUCAGGGGCCUUUCUCUCACUCAAGAAAGCAUCUAAGGAGCCAAUCAUGGAGGAGGCAGAGCUAGACUUCAAACCCUUGGAGGAGUGUGAAGAGGGCCUGGAGGAGGAGGAGGACCUUCUGCCAAAAGAGACCAAAGAAAUGGAAACAGAGGCUGAACGAAAAGAGUUACUUAGAGUUUCAGAGGAAGCUUCAGCUGUCACUGCACCUGUUGCUCCCCAAGUAUCCGCAACUCAGGCUUCUUCCCAGUCCCUGUCCACAAGCCAGCCUAGCAGAACAGAAGAGUCUGAGAGGCCAGCUGAACGGCAACCCCCCCUGGAGCGCCCGCCAGAGCCCUGCAAAGUCCCCCUUCACAUCCCCAUGUCAAACAGCAUUCUCGAGUCUCUACCCAUGACACUCAUUUCUACCACACGCACAGAAGUAUCUGCUCCAUCGCCAACCGUUCAGCUACCGCAGCCAAAGCCCAUGGAAGUUCCAGUGCAGAUGAACAAUCCUUUGCCCUUCCCUUCAAGUAUAUUGGCACCUAUUGGCAGACCCACUGCUGUUCCACAUGACACAGAUGAAGACGAGGGAUUGAAACACUUUGAGCAGGAGGCAGAGAAGAUGGUAGCAUACCUACAGGAUGGUGUGGUGGAUGAUGACAGACUUGCAGUAAAGACUUCAGAGAAGCCCAAAUCUGCAUGCCUGCCACUUACCCACGAGGCUGCUCUCAAGUGGUUCUACAAAGACCCCCAAGGGGAAAUACAGGGUCCGUUCAGUAACCAGGAGAUGGCUGAAUGGUUCCAGGCUGGUUACUUCACAAUGUCUCUAUUAGUGAAAAGAGGUUGUGAUGAAGUAUUUCAGGCACUUGGAGAGAUCAUGAAGAUAUGGGGGAGAGUACCAUUUACUCCAGGCCCUGCACCUCCUCCUCUACAGGGGGAUGGUGAUCAAGAAAGGCAGAAGAGGCAGCAAGAGCUCACUGCUCUCAAUCUAUACCAGUUACAGCAGCUCCAGUAUCAAUACCUCCUCAGGCAGCAGUAUGCUCAGGCCCUGGCCCAGCAGAAAGCUGCAGCUCUUAACUCCGCUCCUCUUCAACAGCAACAGCAGCAUCAACAGCAGAUCAACCUGCUACUACAGCAAUACCAGGCUCUCAAGAUAAGGGCGUCUGAGAGCCUUCUACCUCCUGUUACCCGGUCCUUGUCUGUACCGGACUCUGGUUCUGUGUGGGAAAUGCAGAAACCGUCCUCUCAGGCCUCCUGCACACCAAACCUCCAACAGUCUGCCCAAAGUACGUGGGAUGGCAGCAGCGUGUGGGAUUUACCUAUAGACUCCAUGGCACAGGCUCCAACCAUCGAGCAGAUGCAACAGUUAGAGAAGUCAAAGGCUUCAAAGUUGGAGCUAGAGAGACGUGAGGCAGAAAUGAGAGCCAAAAGGGAGGAAGAGGAGAGGAAAAGGCUGGAGGAGGCCCUGAGGGCUCGACAGGAGGAGGAACGCAAGCGCUUGGAAGAAGAGGAGCUGGCACGACAAAAACAGGAGGAGGCAUUAAGACGUCAGCGAGAGCUUGAAGAGGCACAGCGCAGACAAAAAGAGGAAGAGGAAAGACAGGCACAAGAAGAAGCUCUCUGCAGAUUAGAGGAAAGGAGGAGGGAAGAAGAGGAAAGACAGAAACGGGAGGAAUUCCUUCACAAACAGGAGGAGGAGCGCAGGAAGCAGGAGGAGCUUGAAGCAUUGAGGAGGCGUGAGGAGGAGAAGCGAGCGGAGGAGGAGGCGGUAGCUGCUGCUGCUGCAGCUGCUCUUGCUCAACAACAAGAGGAGGAGCAGAAGAGGAGAGAGCAGGAGGCCCAAAGACAGCAGGAGCUGCAAAGACAGAGGCAGCAGCAACAAGAGGCCCUCAGGAGACUUCAACAACAACAGCAGCAGCAGCAGCUCGCACAAAUGAAGCUUCCAUCCUCCUCAAAGUGGGGCCAGCAGUCAGCCAACGCUAUAAACCAGAACCAGAACGCCCUGUCGCUGGCCGAGAUCCAGAAACUGGAAGAAGAGAGAGAACGACAAGCGCAGGAGGAGCAGCGACGUCAGCAACAGGAGCUCCUGAAGCUACAACAGCAGCAGGCCUUGCUACAGGCUCAGCAGCCCCAGUCCAAGCUGUCUGGUUGGGGCGGUGCGGCCAAACAGCCAGUUAUUACCAAAUCUUUGCUGGAGAUUCAAAGGGAAGAAGCCCAGCUGAUGAAACAGAGAAAGGAUCAUCAUCAUCAGCAGCAGCAGCAGCAGCAGCAACCACAACAACAUCCCAUCGCCCCCCAACAGAUCCGCUCUCAAACUAGAACUACAUCUCUGAGUAACUCAGUGUGGGGGUCUGUGAACCCCAGCACAUGCACUAACUGGGGCUCAGACUCCAGCAGUAUCUGGGGCGACACCCACAACUCUAACAUGGGCUUCUGGGACGAGGCUGUAAAAGAGGCAGUCCAGCCACCUCCUCCACCCAAAAAAGGCAGCACGCAAAAGAACAACAAAGGCAACGCCAACCUCAGUAAUUCUGUGAGUGGGCGGGUCAAUAAGAAGGUAGAAGAGGAGGAAAAGCUGCUUAAGUUGUUUCAAGGGGUCAGUAAGAGUCAGCAGGAUACCUUCAUGCAAUGGUGUGAGCAAACUCUGCACACCCUCAACACAGCCAACAAUCUGGAUGUUCCGACGUUUGCAUCCUUCCUGAAAGAAGUGGACUCUCCAUACGAGGUGCAUGAUUACGUCAGGGCCUAUUUGGGGGACACUCCCGAGGCCAAGGACUUUGCCAAGCAGUUCCUGGAACGCCGUGCCAAACAGAACGCUAACCAACAGAAACCGGCACCACAGAACCAACAACAAGCCUUCAAGCAGCAGCAGGACUCAGUAUGGGGUGGAACAGGAUCUUCAUCACUCUACCAGUCCAACCACACGAGUGGGCAGCAGCAGCGCUUUGAGACCGUCACCUCAGGGAAGAAGAAAAAGAAGCAGAAGAUGGUCCGCGCAGAUCCCAGCCUUUUAGGUUUCUCUGUGAAUGCUUCAUCUGAGAGAUUGAAUAUGGGAGAGAUUGAGACUUUAGAAGACGCAUAAGGGACUGCAGCCAAGCAAACCCAACUGACUGUAUCCAAUUUGAACAGCAGCUGUUUUACCUGAACCCCUCUCAUGUCUCCCUGACUGCCCAACAAACUUUAUUUUUAGUUUCCCCUUUUUCAGACAAACACUGGUAAUCCCACAUUCAUUUUAAAUUGAAAACAAAUCUCUGAGACCGUAAGUGUCCAGUUGCAUACGGAGCUUUAAAAUGAAAAAAAAAAACAAACUGAGACAAAAAUAGACUGAAGCAAACCUGCCAGUGAAACCAUCAACCGGCCAAGAGAGGAACCACAUGAUGAACUCAAGUUUCUGGAGAAAAGUCUGGAGAGGCGUCAUUGACUGUUUGGCGUGCACCUGCUCGGUCCAGAAUCAUGUCCCGUUUUAGAAAUUCAGAGACAACAAAUUUCAAAUUUGGCCGCCAUUGUUUGGGAUUGUUUUAAGUGUGGAUAUAUAUGGGUGGGUGGUUGGGGUAUUAUGGGAAAAGGUUAGAGAGAUUAUAUCCAUUGUUUUUGCUUUAUUUAUUGAAAUUUGUUUUCCUCACAACCCCUUAACCCCUCCCCCUCUUUCCCCUCCCUGUAUUCUGCUGGGUGUUCAUGGAUAAUGACGGCAAAGUAGAGCCCAAGGAUUCGUGCCCACUUAUGUCCUGUUUUAAGGACAUGUUCAAAAGUUCCAAGUAGUUAUCUAUUUCUUGUAAAAUACUAGGCUGUUUAAAGAAUAAACUUUCAAUUCUG